AUGUCGAUGGCACAGAGUCCGGCCUCCCGAGGAAAAUCAAGAGAGAGGAGCCAAACUGAUCAGGUGCCAUUCUCCCCCGAGUUCUCCCAGAUGCUGAUGAAAAGCAGUCCACGCUUUGGUACCUUGAGUCAUCACUCAUUCUUCUCCCGGCACAACCCUCAUCCAAACAGGGUUAAACAUAUUCAAGGACUCAAUGGCAGGCCCGUCUGCAUGGUGAGGGAUGAUUGGUUCGUCACCUCAUCAUUAUUUCCCCAUCCACUUCUCAAGAGUCACGUCCUCAGCAAAGCAACUAAUCAAUCCUUAGCUUUUCCUCUCCCUCAGAAUCUUUAUGGAGUGUGUAGUAACACAAAUAAAUCAGCAGCACAAUUUUCAGAAGCCUGGAGGGAUGAACUUAAAGACCUCGCCGCAAAAGUCAGUUUGUCUCCUCAAGCACAAAAGGACAAAAAAGACGACCAACCAGAGGAAGAAUUUGUCCGCCGAAAGACUCAAUAUUCAGCUGAAACGGGGAGAAUCAUCCCUCCAGCCACAAACUCUCACCAACGAAGACUCUAUUCACAGCGCGUGACACAUCUUCAGACCUUUCACGAUCAAGAGCUCAUGGUGUUUGAUAUUCUUUGUCAGAUCCUGCAGACAGAUUCACUGUCGACAGUCCAGCAGUGGCUUCUGCUUGCAGGUCAAAGAGAGAAAGACCUGGUGAUGGGAAUGAUCAAGCAGGCCAUGGAUGGUGCCGACGUCUCGGGCCAUCAUCAGCAGAACUUUCAGCUGCUCAAGGCUUUUCAUCCUGUGUACGGUCCAUCGUUCCAUCAGUCGUGGAGAAAACCACCGGGAACGAGCUUAUGCAAGGAAAUGCAAUCCUCCAGCAACGAUGAACCAGAGAGGAUUGGAGAUGCAGAGGUCCUUGAAGUCCACUCAGAAGCUCAAUAG